AUGGGUUUUGAAGGGUUUACACAUAAGCGUUCCAAGAGCUUCCCAGAGAGAAUACUCGAAGAAGAUAACUCGGUUCAUCCAACUGAAGCACCUCAUCGACAGAAAUUAGAAACCGGCACGAAGAAACAAUCAUUGAAUGCUCAAGCCGAAAAUUCUUUGAGGCAAGAGAUAUUGACGCUCGAAAAGAGAUUACAGGAACAAGUCUCUGUUCGUUGUGCUCUCGAAAAGGCACUCGGUUAUAAAACUUCCGCUCAUGAUAUUAUUACAGAUGAAGCUACUAUCCCUAAGUCAGCCACAGAACUCAUUCGAGAAAUUUCCGUAUUAGAGCUAGAAGUUGGGCAUUUGGAACAAUACCUUCUUUCGCUAUACAGAAAAGCAUUUGAUCAACCAUUCUCAUCUUUAUCUCCGAAAAAGAAGAAUGAAGAAAAAUUCAAAUCUCUCAUAAUAACAACACCUAGGAGAAGGCGGCUCGAUUUUUCUAGGUCCGAUUCAUUAAGGGAAACAAAACCUGCUAAUGGUGGUGGCCCGUUUGAAGAGAAGCUUCUAGAUUCGAGCAUUCAACGAUCUCAUUCGUCACUAUCACAACAACGUGGGGCUCUGCUAAACCGAGCCUCCUCUCCACCACCAGCAGAUGAACUCUGCAAGGCUUUACGUUCUUGCCAUUCUCAACCAUUAUCCAUGAUCGAGUAUGCUCAAAACUCAUCAUCACAUGUAAUUAGUCUUGCCGAGCAUCUCGGGACCCGCAUCUCAGACCACAUUCUUGAAACGCCUAACAAGCUUUCGGAGGAUAUGGUAAGGUGCAUGUGCACCAUUUAUUGCAAGCUUGCGGACAAUCACAGCCUCUCGUCCCCCCCGUGUUCUUCUGUGUCAUCUACGAGCGCAUUCUCCCCGAAAGAACAGUGUGGUGACAAUGACAUGUGGGGCCCGGGUUUUCGAGUCGACUCAUCCUUUGACGUUCGUUUGGACAAUCCUUUCCAUGUGGAGGGGCUAAAGGACUUUAGCGGGCCCUACAGCUCGAUGGUCGAAGUAAACCGUUUGUUGUUGUACAGAGAUAGCAAGAAAUCGGGUGAUAUUGAGUUUUUGUUACAAAAUUUUAGGUCACUUGUGUCUCGAUUGGAGGAGGUAGACCCGAGAAAGAUGAUGCAUGAAGAAAAGUUGGCGUUUUGGAUAAAUGUUCAUAAUGCUUUGGUGAUGCAUGCAUUUUUAGCGUACGGCAUCCCACAGAACAAUAUGAAGCGAAUGUUUCUACUCUUGAAGGCUGCUUACAAUGUUGGUGGUCAAACAGUAAGUGCUGAUGUCAUACAGAGUUCAAUCUUGGGAUGCCGAAUGUCUCGUCCUGGACAGUGGCUUAGGUGGCUACUUUCUUCGAAAUCAAAAUUUAAAUCCGGUGAUGAACGGCAAGCAUAUGGGAUCGAUCGACUAGAGCCACUUCUCUACUUUGCCCUCUCAUGCGGGUCCCACUCUGAUCCCGCGGUUCGCGUUUUCACGCCCAAGAGGAUAUAUGAGGAGCUGGAGGCAGCCAAAGAGGAUUAUAUCCGAGCCACAUUUGGGGUACGAAAGGACAACAAAAUCCUUCUCCCGAAAAUUGUUGACUCGUUCGCCAAGGACUCGGGACUCUGCCAAGCCGGUGUUCUUGAGACGAUCGAAAGGUCCCUGCCCGAAUCGCUGAAGAAGAGCAUCAAGAAAUGCCGACAGGCAAAGAACAAGAAAAGCAUCGAGUGGGUCCCACAUAAUUUUGCCUUCAGGUACAUUAUAAUGAAGGAGAUCGUGAGGUGA